GAGCAGUAUACAGACAGCAUUUUAGUCAGCGUUUUCAACAAGUGUUUUGUCAACUUUUUAGACAUUUUUCAUGAGAUCCCCAGCUUGAGUCUAGACUUUAUCCAGAGAAGAUCUCAUUACAGAUAGAAGACAAUCCGAUUUCUAAGACUAAUAGGAAAGCUUUCAGUUUCACAAUACAAAUUUGAGACGGUUUUCUACGGAUCGAUACAAAGUUGAAUACUGAAUAACAUUUACACACCGGUGACCGGAAUCUAAGAUAUCAUCACGAAAUCACCAUAGUCGGAUACACCAUUCAUAGUAUAGCAUUAUGUCUUCGUUCAGACAGAAUACCAACAGUUCGUUGUCCAACUCACCUUUUCAACAUUCGCCGCCUAUAAGGCUGCCUACGCCGACGGUGUCGCUUCAUUCGAGCAAUUCUCAUUCUAAUCUUCGACGUGAGAGUAGCAGUAUGAGCUACCAUGACCAGAUUCUGAACAUGAACAACCUUGCAUCCAAAGACUUAGACUACAAGACUGUCGGUAAGCAUUUGGUGAAUCUGGAAGAUGCAUUGAAGUUGCAAGGAGGCGAUAUAGCUAGGCACUUCUACCACCAGAUCGAGAACAAGGCAGAUGAUUCGCAUCCUGGAGGUAUCUCCAUAGAGAACCCCAAACGUAGAACUAGAAGUUCGUCCUUCUCUGCUUACUUAACUGAAACAAGAAGAGAAUCUACAGCCAGCGACAUCAACGUUCCUGGCGGCUUCAGACGAGAAUUUUUGAUUAACCGUAGCAUUCGUAACAACGAGGAGCCUCCAAACUUCUUAACUAAGAACUUUGUCGAGUUUCUCAGCAUAUACGGCCAUUUUGCUGGUGAAGAUUUCACUGAUGACGAAGGUGGCGAAACUGACGAUUCCGAGAGCGCAAACUAUGAAGAUGUAUUUGACGAAGAGUCUUCGUUGUUGACCACGGAACGUCUCCAGCCUAAGGGUACUGCCUCUGUCUUGAAGACUUUCUUCUUGGUAUUUAAGUCAUUGGUAGGAUCGGGAGUUCUUUUCUUGCCCAGGGCUUUCUACAAUGGAGGGUUAACCUUCUCUAUCUUUGCGUUGAGUGGAUUUGGAUUGUUGACUUAUUUCUGUUACGUAGUUUUGAUCAAGUCUAAGAAAGUCUUGAACUUGACCUCGUUCGGUGAAUUGGGAUACAAGACAUAUGGCAGACCAUUGAAGAUAUGUAUUCUCAUCUCCAUUAUCAUUUCGCAGAUCGGUUUCGUCGCUACUUACAUCCUCUUCACCGCUGAGAACAUGUUAUCUUUCGUAAGUCAUAUCUUACCAACCACUCCUGCAUUCUUGACUACUGCCAACAUUGUUGCUGUACAGUGCGUCUUCUUGAUCCCGUUGGUUUUGAUAAGAAAUUUGGCCAAGUUGUCGCUUGUCUCGUUGAUAUCUUCGCUUUUCAUCAUGAUCGGCUUGUUUAUCAUUUUCUACUUCUCUGGUCUCAACCUCUUGAAUAAUGGAAUGGGUCCUAACAUCCACCAAUUCAACGCAAACAGUUGGUCCAUGUUGAUUGGUGUUGCAGUAACUUCGUUUGAAGGCAUUGGAUUGAUUUUACCUAUAGAGGCUUCCAUGGCUCAACCAGAGAAGUUUUCCAUGGUUCUCUCGGUCAGCAUGCUUUUGAUCACUAUCUUAUUUGUUGGUGUAGGAACCAUCGGUUACACUUCGUUUGGUGAAGAUGUCAAAUCUAUCAUCAUCUUGAACUUACCCCAAGGAAACUUGGCCGUUCAAUCGAUUUUGAUUCUUUAUUCUUUGGCUGUGUUCUUGACAGCUCCUUUGCAGUUGUUCCCUGCCAUUAAGAUAGGUGAGUCUUUGAUCUUCAACCGAAGACUCUAUCAUCAAUCAGGAAAGUACAACCCUCAGGUUAAGUGGCUGAAAAACUUGUUCAGAGCGCUUGCCGUUGCGGGGAUCUGUACUAUUGCCUAUUUGAAUGCAAACAACAUUGACAAGUUUGUUUCUUUCAAUGGAUGUUUUGCUUGCAUACCCUUGGUGUAUAUUUAUCCACCAAUGAUCCACUUGAAGACUUUAAAACAGAAAAAGGAACGUUUCACCGCUUCCGACUGGGCCUUGUACAUUGCCGACUAUGCAUUGAUUGCCGUUGGUCUCUUGGCUGUUGUAUACACCACCUACCAAAUAUUGGUACUCAACUAGAUAGAUUAGCAGUGGACUUUAACAUAAUAGAACAAUCAUAGCUG